CUUAAAAAUAAUAUUUUAGCGAUAUUCUUUACAGCAAGUGGAUCAAACUAUCCAGAAUUUUCCAGAAUCUUUCGAGCAUACAAAAUUCAACUUCUAAACGAUCUUGCUGAUAGCUUUGUCUGAUGACUUUUGCUUAAAACCUUUCAAUUCUCUUCCAAGGGAUCGAAAGUUUCCAAUAAAAGGGAAACGAAUUAAAGACGAGAUUUUUAAGAUGAGAUCAGAAGAUAUCGGAAUUGAAUUAAUCGUCGCUUAAAAAUUGCAUAGCGCUUUACUUGUUGUUAAUGUAGUUUAUCCAUUAAAGCUUUCGAGCAUGUUUUUAAUUAGUAUUGAUCCAUUCAUAUUAAUUACAUGGAGUAAUGAAAGUUUACAAAGUCUUCUUGCUGAAAGAUCUUUUGUACACGCAUGAAGGAUUGUCCAUUAAUGAUGUUAAAGAAGAUUUAAGAUGUCUUGAACCUUAACUUUUGCAGAAAUGACAGAAUCAUAUCUAAGAGUCUUUAUGGUUUAAAUCAAAGCCUCUCCUAUGAAGUAUUCAAAGUUGCUGUUGAGAUUAUUCUGAUUUAGCUGUCUUGGCCCAUAAAUCUUUAACUCCUUAGCAUGUCAUGCAAUGCAUAAAUUCUUUCAACUCUUUAAACAAUCCACAGUCCAUAAGAAUCAAUAAGAAUGUAAAAAUCCACAAUCAAAAUUAAAUCACAGCUUCAUUAACAAUCAUUUGUUCUCAGUUCCAAUUCAGUUCUUAAAAAAGAGUUUAAUUGCCACAAAUGACUUCCUUUCAUCAGGCCAACAGAGAUAAAUUUUCGGUAACACUUCAUGCAAAAAGUGAGUCGCCCAAAACUUAUAAUAAGAAUUUUAAGUUCAUUUUUCAUGCAUUUAUCUCCAAAAAAUCUACAUUCUUUUGAAUACUUUUUCGUUCUUAAAUCUCUUGCUCAUUUUUUACAUUGUCGCUAUGCAUCUCUUUCUGCAAGAAAACACAUACACAUGUCUAAUUUAUUCCCUUCUUCUACCUUAUUCACUCACUCACUCACUUGAGUUUUGCGUUGGAAAAAAAUAAAGAAUUCAUUCUUCUACGUCUGUGCAAGUGCAUGCUAGUCAGUCAGAUUAAUUAACUCAAACGAAAAAGCGACAAAGGAAUGUUAUCCCAAAAAAUAUUAACGAAACGACGAUCUCAUGUUCAUAUAAUAUUGUGAAUUCUUAUUGUAUAUUUCUUCUUUUUGCUUCAAAUAUAAAUUACGUCUUUCGACUUGUCUAUAACAUAUAUACAUAUUUAUUCUUUUUUUCUCCUUUUCUGGUGUGCCGGAGAAUUUUUUAUUUUUCUUCUCAUUUGGCUUGGCUGGAUGUGGCGAGUAAAAGGAACAAAGUGCGCAAAUAAAAAAGGGGGAACAACAGCAAACAACAAAAGUUUACAUUUGGGAAUGGCUUUUUGUGGAUUGGGGUGCUGGAGGCGCAUUCAAAAUUGUGUUAUGGCUUGUUUGUGGCUUGGCGUUGCUGCUGUAUUGUGGCAAGACACCGACGAAAAGAAAAAAAAAUGUUCAGCAGUCAACAACAUUAAAAAGACUUUAUGAAGUUCAUUAUAAAUUUCAAUGUUAGAUUGACGAUAGAAGAAUAAGAAGUAAAUAAUAAAUCGUGCGCAGCGCAUAGCAGUAAAAUAUACAUGAAAAAAAAUUAUUAUUGUUUGUAACAAAAAAAGCCCACAAUUGAAGCAAAAGCAUAUUUGAAUCAAGGUUGUUACAUGACGUCAUUGUCUGCUGGUACACAUUUAUUUUUUUCUUUUUUCAUUCUUCUUCAUAUUCAAUUCUUAUUUUUUUUUAUUCCUGUGUUGUGCUGUUGUUUUGACUACAUAAAAUAUAAAUUGUAAGUACUCAUUCACUUAUUCUCGUACACAUAUAUUCAUUGAGAGAAUGCAACAGGUACCUCGUGUUUAUUUCCAUAAUUUUCUUCAUUAUAAAUUUGACGCUUUAAGGAUGAAGAUGGUUUGAGCAUGUGCUUCUUCGAUUUUUGCAUCUUUGAUAAAAUAUUCAGUCAGAUUGACUCUAUUUCAUUGCCACAUGAUAUAAAAGUCGCGAGUUUGGUGAGAAAAUAACAAAUAUGUGUGUUGCUUUUUAGAAAGGAACCAGUAACGAUAUAUAGGCACGGUACAUAAUGUGUGUAUAUAAAUAUUCAACCGUGUUGCUUCUCAAUGUGACUCUAAAUCUCGAUCUUUUUUUUCUUUUACGUUAUUCAUUAUAAUUUUAGACAUAUGUAUCUUUUUUUAUAUUACUUUCACAUACAGACCCACUGUUGUUGAUUUGUCUUGCAGCAAAAAAGAAUCAAAUAAAAUAUAAUGGAAUAAGAAAAAAAGGCAUAAGAUUAAAUGCAGAAAAUAGCAGACGACGGCGAUGAUCUUUCCACAGUCGAAAAAAAAAUUCUUUUCCUUCUUCAUUGCUCCUCUUCUGGUUCGCUUGUGUGCAUCGAUUCAUUCCUGUCGUUUGCAACGGCUUCGAAAUGAAGCAUUUUGAGUUCUUUUUGGAAGUGCACGGUCAAGGUUUUUAAGAACGAUUCUCUUCUGUAUUUCUGCUUGUUAUUCAUAUUGUUGGAGGUAUUUUUAUAUAAAUUUUUUUUGGAUUGUCUUCUUCUUAUUCUUUACUGGUCUCAUUGCUCAUCCCAAAAAAAUCUCAGCAAUAUUCAUUCAUUCCAUUUAAGACAUCAGAACGGAAAUUGCUAGUUUUUUUAACAUCUCAUUCUUUUUGAAAAAAUUUCAUAAUUUUAUACCUCUGCGAAUUUCUUCUUUGAUUCAUCUCUAUCAAGCACAUAAAAAACUUUAUAUUUAACGGAAAUACCAAUGAUGUUAGCAUGUUGAAAGAAGCAAAUCGACAAAGGUGUGUGCUGUAAAUUAGAGGUCUCAUUACCAUUAUAAUGAAAAUUAUAGUUGAUGCUCAUGAUUCAUUCAGAUUCAUUAGAAAUUUUGACAGUAAAAGUAUGAAAUUAUAGGUUGUAAAUGUUGCUUUUGGGUAUGGUUAUGAUAGGUUAUAAAUGACUGAAAGUAGUGAUUUAAGUAUUGCUGAAAGA